CACCCCCUUACCGAAAAGCAAAAACCUAGACGUUCUCAGUGAGUUUGAGCGAACAAAGAAGAAGAAAAACGCCAGUUUCGUCGUGGUUGGCCAUGUGGAUGCUGGGAAAAGUACCCUUAUGGGUCGACUACUACUCGACUUGGGUGUGGUAGACCAGAGAACUAUUCAAAGGUAUCGAAAGGAAGCCGAGAGCAUCGGGAAAUCAUCGUUCGCGCUUGCGUGGGUGUUGGAUCAACGCUCCGAAGAGAGGUCCCGUGGCGUUACGAUUGAUAUUGCUACAAACAAGUUUGACACGGAUUCCACAUCUUUCACCAUAUUAGACGCCCCAGGUCAUCGAGAUUUCAUCCCUAAUAUGAUAGCCGGAGCCAGCCAAGCGGACUUCGCCAUAUUGGUGGUCGACGCGACGACAGGUGCCUUCGAGGCUGGCCUUAAAGGGCAAACUAGAGAGCACUCCCUCCUCCUCCGCAGUAUGGGCGUCUCACGCAUUAUUGUUGCCAUCAACAAGCUUGACACUGUUGCCUGGUCACAAGAGAGAUUUGAUGAAAUAUCACAGCAGGUUUCCGGUUUCCUCUCUGCUACCGGAUUCCAGCUCAAAAAUGUUAGCUACGUGCCCGUGUCUGGUCUCAAUGGCGACAACCUGGUCAACAAGUCAUCCGACCCCUCUGCAAAUUGGUACGGCGGAAAUACUCUUAUUGAAGAGUUGGAGGGUUCGGAGCCCAUGACGAGAGCAUUGACUAAACCAUUGAGGAUGACUAUAUCAGAGGUGUUUCGCUCAUCACAAAGUCCGCUUACAGUAUCGGGGCGCAUUGACGCCGGAUCAUUGCAAGCUGGUGAUGCCCUCCUCAUUCAACCGAGCGGAGAGAAAGCCUAUGUGAAAUCUCUAGAACUAGACUCGGAGCCGGUUGACUGGGCUGUUGCUGGACAGAACGUGGUGAUUCAUCUCAGUAACAUCGACCCGAUCCAUGUGCGCGUGGGCGACAUUGUGUGCGAUCUUAAAGAGCCCAUCGCCUGCAUUGAUACCUUCACCGUCAAGGUACUCGCAUUUGACAUAUUAAUGCCAAUGCAAGUGGACGUGCAUAGGGGUCGUCUACAUGCUGCGGGUCAAAUUGCCGAGAUGCCUGCUCUUUUGGACAAGGUGAAGGGAACGGUGCUAAAGAAGAAGCCCAAAAUCAUCAAGCCGGCGAGUGUGGCGAGGAUCGUGGUAAAGAUGAAUAAUAAGGUGCCGUUAGAAGUUGGUCAGCGGGUGGUUUUGAGAAGUGGAGGCGAAACUAUUGCAGCCGGCCUUUUGGAAUAGGCCAGAUAGACAUUGUUGUUCAACAUUUUCCACAAGAGUACUUGGUAUAUAAUUUACAAGCGUAGUUGCCCUGCACACAACUCUGCAGUCCCAUCCCAGAUCGUGAUACUAGGUUUUACCUUACAACUUGUUGAGGGAUAGGAUGCCAGGCAGC